ACGGUCGGUCGAAGCUGUUCAUCACUACUUUCCGUCUUCGUAAAAAAACUAAGUGCUUCCCAACAACUGUGUAGCGCAGCAGCAGCUGACGCUCCUUUGAUGGAAACAUCCACGGGCACAGAGGCCAGACUCUGCUCGCUCAUCUCAGAACAGCUCAGGCAGAAAGAGAUCUAGAGAAGGAGUAAAUGGUCGGCUGAAAGGGAAGAACUGCAAGCCCGGCGUCCACCACCGCAUUGAUUGCCGAGAUGGCGGAAAACGUGAGAGUAGCCGUCCGCGUGCGGCCAUUCAAUUCUCGCGAGAAACAACGUGAUUCGAAGCUGAUCAUCGAUAUGCAUGGCAAGACCACAGAGAUCCGCGAUCCGCAGGCACCAGCUGGCACAGAACCGAAAAAGUUCGCCUUCGAUUACUCGUACUGGAGCCACGACGAUUUCAAUGAACGAGACGACGGAUAUCUGGAAGCGUCUUCGGCUCGCUACGCCGAUCAGAUUCGCGUGUUUGACGACCUGGGUAGAGGCGUCCUGGCGAAUGCCUGGGACGGUUACAACUGCUCACUGUUCGCUUACGGACAGACGGGCAGCGGUAAGUCUUACUCAAUGGUGGGAUACGGCAAUAACAAGGGCAUUGUGCCUAUCACGUGCGAGGAGCUCUUCAAAGCUAUCGAGGAGAAGCGUGCGGAUGGUAGCGAGAUUGAGUUUGAGGUCUCGCUGAGCAUGCUGGAAAUCUACAACGAGCAGGUGCGCGAUCUGCUCAACUUCCAGGGCCUGAAGAAAGCCGGAAAGACGGGACUGAAGGUGCGCGAGCAUCCGAAACUGGGCUUCUACGUCGACCAGCUGCUGAACGUGCCGGUGAGUAGCUACAAGGAGAUAGACCAGCGCAUACAAGAAGGCACUCGCAACCGUACCGUGGCGUCGACCAACAUGAACGCCACGAGCAGUCGUGCGCACACCGUGGUGGCCAUCACGUUCAAGCAGAAGUUCAACAAGGACGGCACCAGCACCACCAAGCAGUCGACAAUCAACCUGGUGGAUUUGGCCGGCAGUGAGCGCGCAGACUCGACUGGCGCCACCGGUGAUCGCUUGAAGGAAGGAUCUGCCAUCAACCUGUCUCUAUCGUCACUUGGUAACGUCAUCAAGGCACUGGCCGAUGCAUGCUCAGCCAAGAACCCGGCCAGCGUCAAGGUACCGUAUCGCGACUCGGUACUCACCAAGCUGCUAAAGAAUGCCCUGGGAGGCAACAGCAAGACCAUCAUGAUCGCCGCCCUCAGCCCGGCUGACAUCAACUAUGACGAGACGCUGUCGACGCUGCGCUUUGCCGACCGCGCCAAGAGCAUCAAGACAACGGCCGUCAUCAACGAGAGUCCAACGGAGCGCCUGAUCCGGGAACUGCGCGAGGAGAACGAGCGUCUGAUGAACGAGUUGAAGAACGGCAAGGUGAUCAUCAAGGACAGUCCUGGUGGUGAGAAGAUAUCGGAAGCGGAGAAAGAAAGGCUGAAACAGGAGUACGAAGAGCAGCGGCGCGAGGAGAUUGAGAGAACCAAGCGUGAAAUGGAGGAGAUGGAAAAGACGUGGAAGGAACGGCUGGCCGAGACGCAGAAAGCUUUCGCCGAACAAGAGGACCAGGGCGGCACGGCAAAGGUGCAGGACUGCACGCAGAAGCUGCAUUUAUCCAACCUGAACGAGGACCCACAGCUGAGCAACAUGGUGCACCACGUCAUCGGUGACGGCAAGCAGACAGUGGGCAACAACAAGGCUAACCCGCAGCCCGACAUCACCAUGAUCGGUCUCAGCAUACAGAACCAACACGCCGAGCUGCAGAACACUGGAGACAAAACGUUCACAGUGGUGCCCGGCAAAGACGCAAAGGUACUGGUGAACGGGGACUUGAUCAGCAGCAGCACUGAGCUGCACCACAACGACCGCAUUCUAUUCGGAAACAACCAUCUCUACCUGGUGCACCAUCCAGAGGAGCUGGACAAACUGAAACAAAGCGGCGACAAGGUCACGCCCUUCACGUACGAACAGGCCCAAGCCGAGAUUGCCAAAAACUCCGGCUUCGACAUGGACACCAGCGGCAAAUCCAAAGAGGAUCUGCUCAUUCAGGAAGAUCUCAUGACCAUCCUCCCCAUGGUCACUGAGGCAAACGCCAUGAGCGAGGAGCUCAACAAGAAGGUGAAGUUCGAGGUGGUGCUCGUCUCGCCGCAGGCCCUUGAAGUGGUCAAAAGCCGCACGGAGGUGUUUGUACGCAUGAAGGGCCUGGCGACCGACGAUGAGUGGCUGUGGCCGCGCAACCGCUUCCUGGACCGCAAGUUCGUCAUGCAGGAGAUGUACCAGCGCUACGUCGACGGCGACCCGGACUGGGACGAGCCGCCCGACAGCGACCCGUUCUGGGGCGAUCCGGAAGAGGUGGUCGAGAUCGGCUACGUGUUUGUGUACACGCAGUGUCUGAGUUACAUGCUGGACAUGGACGAGAGCUUGACCAUUGCGAACUACAUGGGAAACGAUGCUGGCCAGAUGCACAUUUCACUGAUGCCAUGCCUGCCGAACGGCAAGGAACCCGACGAUGCCGACGACAUAUUCAUCGAGGAUCCAGACACGGAGCUGGUUGGCCAGCGCAUGGACUUCUUGGUGAAGAUACCCAACGUGCGCGGGAUACAGGCUCGCUUCCAGGACAUCCACUGCCAGUUCACCUUCUUCAUGGAUAAGCAGCGUACCACCAAACUGGUCUCCGGCACCAGCAAUCCGGACUUCAGCUUCUCCGAGCAGGUGACGUACAAAUCAGUGACGAAGGAGCUGCUCAACCACAUCACCAACGAGAAGCUUCGCAUCGGCGUGUUUGGACGACAGCGCGGGCCAAGCAACAGCAAUACCGGAAAACUGUCGCGCAUGAGCACGAUGACAAAGGACUUGAUGCGUAACGACCGGUCAAUGAUCGGCUUCAAUCACACGUUGAGCGUAACCAGCAGUGCUGAUGAGCUGUACCAACUGAGAUGCGAGGUGGGCGCACAGAAGCGCCGACAGGAACGCCACGCAGCCAAGCUGCAGAAGAUCAAGGAGCUCGUGCAACAGAGCAAGAAGCAGGGACUGACCAGCGUGAGCGUGGCGGACCUAGAAAAAAUCCUGUCCACGAAGACGCAGUUCAAGGCAAUAGUUCACGCGGCGCGGCUGGCAGACCAGGUACAGGACAGCAGAGCAUGUGCAAUGAUGUAAGCAGUACAUCCCCCAGCGCGUCAGCGUGUGUUCCCAGUCAACAUAACCAACAGCUCACAUUGCGAGCGACAGCAGUAACACAUGCCAAUCGAAAUUGAACUCAGCACCAACUCCGCCAGCAACGUACACUACAUCUACUUUUAAUUCAACAACCACAGGAAACCUGUCAGAAUCCGGAUAUCUGCUAAUAAAUUAUUCCGUUUGUUUGAACGCCACUAUACUCACACGUAUUUGUUCUAUUGGUCCGCAUGACCAGUGGAUUAUAUACCAAAAUUUCAUAAUUAUGAUGCACUUGUCGUGUUUUGUGUAGCAUUGCCCAUAAUUUAUGGAUCAAACGAUCGAUCAAGCUUACUGCCAAGGCCCUUCGCAUAUCAAGUGAAACUGCCAACCGAAACUUUGUCAUCAAAUUGUAGUGUGGUUAGGGGAAUCUGUUUGUUUGACGAGCGUCAGGUGGAGAAUAUUGAACAGCAAUUCCAACCUAUAUCAUCAAGUUCAAAGAAUUAGAUCACGGCGAUUUAAAUCUGUGA